AUGUAAGAAAACAAAAUAGAAGGCAUUGAAAUUUCUUAAAAUCAUUUACCAAAAAAACCAAUAGAAGAAGUAGAAGAAGACUAUGAAAAAUUGCCUCCAAUAACUUUAUUCCAUAAAAUAACACUCGCUCUUUUAGGUAUAUGUUCUUUAACCGGUUGGAAUUCUAUUUUAAAUGCUUUUGAUUUUUUUCAAGCUAAAUUUCCAAAAAAUGAUUACGUAGAUGUCGCUUUUUAUUUCCCAAUUCCGAUUAUGUGCACUAAUUUUUUAGUCGGAGUGACUUUAACAUUAAUAGGAAAUAAGAUUCCUAUUGAAAAGCGUAUUCCUUUUGCUUUAAGAGGAGCUGUACUUACCUUAGUUUCUAUUUGCUUGGUAGGUAUUUACCUUAAAUAAACAUAAGCUGGUAUUGCAAUAGUAUUCAUUAUUUUAAUACUCUAAGGAAUUUUCGAUAGUCUAAUCACAAACUCUUCUGUAGCGCUUUCUGGAGCUACCUAGAGUGGAGUAUUAAUAAGUAUUUACUGGACUUUUACAGCUUUAUCAGGUAUUAUUAUGAAUGUUUUGAGAUUUAUCGCUUUUGGAGCUUUCGGGCUAGAAGAUUUAGAUAAUGGAACUGGUUUAUAUUUUGGAGUAGCAACCGGUUUCUAUAUAACAGGAAGUAUAUGUUUUACUAUAUUUACUAAUUGUGACUAUUAUAAAGCUGUUUUGAAAAGAGAUUAGAUGAAAAAUAAAAAAUAAGAAGAAUAAUAAAAUUAAGCAACACCAAAUGCAGAAAAAGAGAUUUUUAAAAUCUAAGAUAAUAAAAUAGUUGCUGGGCCUGCACCUUUUUUUAUAUUUACUAAUUAUGUUUAGACUUUUAUGCUUUUUCCCGGUGUCUCAGUUUUCUAAAAACCUUAAUACACUUUAAUUGAGUUCCCUUACGCUCUUGUUUUUAUGUUUAUGAUUUAUAAUAUAGGAGAUUUUACAGGAAAAACAUUAGGUGGAAUCUAAUUUUUAUAAAAGUCAUUUAUAGCAUAUUCUGUAGUUAUUUCUAGAUUUUCAUAUUUUAUUUUAUUUAUAUUGAUUGCUUAAAAUGAAGGAUCGAAAGAUAUGUAAAACGAUCUUUUCUAAUUUUUCCUUUUAUUUACUUUUGCUCUUACGAAUGGAAUGAUAACUACUAUUUUAAUGACUGUUGCACCUUAAAGAGCUACUAAUGUAUAAGAUAGAUAUUUGAUUAGUUACGUGAACAUUUUCUCUUUGACUUUUGGUAUUUCAAUUGGAUCAUUUAUGGCUUUGAUUUUAGCUAAAAAUUGA